AUGAAAAAAACAACCCAGAGUUGCUUCUUACUGAUCAUCCUUCUAAUUAGAAUGAUUCCAAGUCUUUCUUCUACUGUAAAUUAUACUGAUCCUACAUUAGAGCCUGUAGUAACUGAAAAUUCAGUCAUACGGCAGAAGAUAAUAGAUUCACAGUUCAAAUGCUAUGAGAGAAUGAACAGAGCUCCUCCGUAUACAAAAAAAGGUCUGUUCUGCAACCGAACGUGGGAUGGCUGGUUGUGCUGGGACGACACGCCUGCUGGAAGAAUCACUGCUCAGAAUUGUCCGGAUUAUUUUCCAGACUUUGAUCCAACUGAGAGGGCCUCAAAAUAUUGUGAUGAAACUGGAAACUGGUUCCGCCAUCCUGAGAGCAACCGAACAUGGUCCAACUAUACCCUGUGCAACUCUUUCACCUCUGAAAAACUGAAGAUGGCGUUCAUACUUUAUUAUAUGGCGAUCGUUGGCCAUACUUUGUCUAUAACAUCCCUGUUGAUUUCCUUGGCAAUUUUCUUCUAUUUCAAGAGCCUCAGCUGUCAAAGGAUAACACUGCAUAAGAAUUUGUUUCUUUCUUACGUGCUGAACUCCGUGUUUACAAUUGCCCACCUCAUUGCUGUUGUGCCUAACCCGGGCCUUGUAAAAAGGGAUCCUAUUUAUCUGGAUCUGAAAAGAUGGAAGAAAAAGAUGUGCGCUCAGAUGGCCAUAAAAGAACCAAAGAAGCAAUGA